AUGUCCUCUGCUGCCGCCUCUACGACAUUCAAGAACGCUCAUCGUUUGCAUGUACAAUCUCUCUACAAGCGCUCAUUGAAGCUUUCGUUGGACUGGUACAUUCAACGUGAUGUUUGGCGCCAGAAGGCGUUAGACAUUCGAGCUCAAUUCGAACGCAAUAAGCAUGUCACCAGCACCAAGGAGCUCCAAGCUCUCAUUAAAAAGACCGAACAAGAACUUGAAGCCUGGGCACAUCCCGAUCCCUACAAAUUGGCUCUCGGUCCCGAAGGUACCAAAUGGGAACGCAACACACCUCCACCCAUGUUCACGGAGUCCCACGAUGCCCAUCACUAG